AUGACCGAUAAGAUUCGAUCUCCUCAAGCAACACUGAUACCUUUCAUCUCAGCCGAGGAGGCUGCCACGAUGGCGUACCCGCCUGAUGCCCUUCCGGGUGCUCGCGAUAUAGACACAUUUUAUGGCGCUAUGCGAGUCUAUGAGUGGGGACCAGCGGACGGGGAGAAGGUCUUGUUUGUUCACGGAGAUGCCACUCCUUGCUUGAUUUUUUCCAACAUUGCCCAAGGGCUUGUGGAUGCUGGACACCGAGUGAUGCUUUUCGAUCUCUGGGGUCGAGGAUAUAGCGAUACCCCACUCUAUUGUCGGCACGACGUUCGGUUGUUUGCAUCCCAGAUGCUUUUGGCACUCAUGUCAUCGCCACUCUCUUGGAUGGGAAACGGCACGAAUCUCUCAAUCAUCGCGUUUUCCUUGGGCGGUCCAAUCUCCUUGGCAUUCGCUGGUGCUUACCCCUCAUCAAUUCGAUCUCUGGUGCUUCUCGGUCCGGCAGGUCUCCUCCGCAACCUACCAGAUGGUUACGAUGACCAGCUUAUGCAUCAGCCCGAACUUGCACCAUCACGUGAAUCCAUUCGUGAGAAAGUACGACAAAUGCUGGGAGUAGCUCCUUUUGGCCCAGCCCUGGACAUUCAACUUGAUCAGAGGCGAGUGGUGCCAGUGGAAACGAGCCCGUCCCGCGUGGAAAAGAGCUUUAACAUGCAAGGAAUCCUUCAGUGGCAGUUUGAUCAUCAUCGAGGCCACAUUCAUUCUUUCCAGGAUACCAGUCGUUACGGUCCGCUGCAGAAUGAAGAUUCGUGGAGGAAGGUUUGUGACAUAAUUACUGGUCGCACACGAUCCGAUACUGCCCUGUGUAACUCCAAAUUGCUUGUAUUCUUCGGCCGAGACGAUGGCGUCGUGGUUGGAGAGGAGACGACGGAGGAUAUCCUGAAGUUGCUACCACCCAGUCAUUUGCAAAUUGAAUAUCUACCAGGAGGACAUGGGUUCCCAUACCCAAACAGCCUUAUCGACAAGGGAGCUUCUGCAGGGGCUCCUAUGGGCCCUGUAGGGACCAACCGCCUGUGUGCCGCCCUAGCCCUCAGCCACCAGCCUCAACUACUCGCAUGGAGUGUUGAUGUCCUUCUUUUCCCCACUUGCUACUGCCCUGCACGGGAGGUUUAUAUUCAAUAUCCCUGCACACGUAGCAGCUCGCUCAUCUGCAUUGUCGUCGAAGUCGUCAGGAUAUUUUGA